AUGGUGGAGCGCCCAACGUCGCCGCAUGCCGAGCAGGCUGGACGCGAGCCUUUAGUCGAGGACUUUCAAAUCGUACAACCCCUGUCGCCCGGCAGAAAGCAUCCCGCACGUCUCCCUAUACCCAUUCGAGUUUCUGCACCCAAUGGACAUCUUCCAAGUUCGCCUGCCUUUGACCAGGACUACGCGGACGACAGUGACGAUUCCUUGGCCCCACCGGACAUCGUGAGACCUCUGAGCACUUCACGCGCCAUAGUUUCCGAUGUUCCCAGGGUCAACCCUCUGCUGUCGCCCGCACAACCACCCACCAUCUCGAGUCAUCAUCGCAGCGCAUCCAAGCCGCGGCACAAACCUAGAGAUUCAGGAUCGUACAUUGGAACAUCUCAUCCGAACACCCCCGACCGCAUGUCUCUGGACAUGGACUAUGUUUCAAAGAACCAAAAGAGAUAUUCACUCGAAUCGGCCGCGCCAUCACGAGCGCCUUCGAAAGCACCUUCAAUCGCGCCAUCAGUAUAUACUCUACCUCCACUCCAGACUUCGGGGCCCUUGGACGAUGAGGUAGAUCGUUUGCAGCCUUUGUUGGAAGAUGAUCCGGCAAACUUCGACCUCGUGGCCGCACCACCAGAAGAAGUCAACAGCACAUAUCGACUAGACGAGCACGCCCAACAACUUCUCUCACGCGAACAUCUGGAAGCAAUCUUCGCAGAUCGCAAGACUCUGCUAAAGUUUACUGGCUUUCUCAACAGCCAUCGUCCUCAAAGCAUUCCAAUUCUCAUCUUCUACAUGGAUGCUUUGAAAGCUCUACGAGCGAUCAAAUAUGCAAACGCUGUGUCGAGAGCAUUGAACCCUGUUUCUGGACUCGAGUUCACCUCUACACCGCCUCAGACUACGCAAAACGAUGAGCUGCAGAAAAAAGCCGAUCAAGCCUUUGAUCUGCUAGUUCGAGAAGACCUGACGGCGUACGUCACAUGGACGUGGAUCUCAAUUGUGAGUACGAGCAUCCAAAGAAGAGUAACGGGAACUCUGGCUCCUCACUUGAGAGAAGCGUCUGAGGGGUUGGCCGAAGUGUUUUGCUUGACAGAUCCAUCACGGAAGGACAACCCAAUUGUUUUCGCCUCAGAAGAGUUUGCCCGCACAACACAAUACGGAAUGGGCUACUCGAUCGGUCGCAAUUGCCGCUUCCUCCAAGGACCGAGGACAAAUCCACACUCGAUACGUCGUUUGGCUGAAGCGUGCAAAGUACCCAGAGAACAUAGCGAGAUCUUUGUCAACUAUAGACGCGACGGCAGUCCUUUCAUCAACCUACUCAUGACAGCACCACUCUAUGACUCGAAAGGCACAUUGAGGUACUUUAUCGGAGCUCAAGUCGAUGUAUCUGGUUUGCUGAAGGAGAUGACGGGUAUGGAAGCACUCAAGAAGAUGAUUAACCGUGACGAAGACGGAGACGGCGAACAGAGUCAAAACGACGAGUUCCAGAGUUUGAGCGAGAUGUUCAACACUACGGAGCUGGAGACCGUAAGACAAUGCGGAGGCCGUAUCCAUCGUGCGCAAGUCGAUGACGACCGAGAGAAUGGUGUGCAAUCCAGGCCGCGACUACUAAUAACGGAAGAGUCAGACGAGAACAUCAUUCACUCGAAGGAGAUACACAAUGACCCAGCUUCUGUUCCCGAUGGAGUGCAACAACGCAUACCUGAGAAUGGCAAGCUGGCAGGCGUAUAUGAACACUAUCUUCUUGUUCGACCAUCACCAUCGCUACGUAUCUUAUUCACCUCGCCAUCCUUACGCGUACCAGGAAUCCUGCAGAGCCCCUUCCUCUCCCGUAUUGGCGGUUCACCCCGCGUGCGCUCAGAGCUCGCUCAAGCAUUCAGCGAAGGCCGCGGCGUGACGGCAAAGAUUCGCUGGUUGACGCGCAUAGAAGAAGAUGGAGAAGACGAGGGCCGUAGUCGUUGGAUUCAUUGCACACCCCUUCUCGGCCAUGGUGGCGCAGUAGGUGUCUGGAUGGUGGUCCUCGUCGACGAAGAAGGCAGUCAGAGUAAACGACGAUUCAGGCCCGCGCCUCCAGUGAGUCAAAUCAUUGGAGGCAAAGAGUUUGAUCCGAGAGCAAUGAAAGAAAAGGAGGAACGAGAGCGGGCCAGAAUUGACAUGAUCGUCGAUGGUGAUGCAGAACGGCCUGGCAGUAGUUUUGCCGGUCGACCAGGACUCGUGAUGGACACGAGCGUGUAUAGUGGUCUGGGAAGUGUUGACGGAACUGACGAUUCGUUCCAGAUUCGAUGA